AUGGCAGAAGCAGGGCUACAGAGAUCCAAGGAGACGUUUCGACGGUCGGGUUCGUCUGGGCUGGUGUGGGAGGAUCGCUUCUUGCCCGGGGAGACGAACCAUCAACAGGAGACGAACAACAAGGGCGAGGAGGGGGGCGGCGCCCGGAUGGAGCGCAGCCGAUCCAACGGCGCCGGGUACCGGGCGGGCCGCGUCUCGCCCGCCCUCGACCCGCCUUCCCCCCGCCUCUCCGUCUGCGGCUUCUGCGGAAUCUUCGGCAAUAAGCCCGCCGGCCCGGCCCACACCUCCAAGCCCAACCGCCGCCACCGGCGCUGA